CACAAAUUAGGGACCCUCGAGCCGAGAGGGUUGAAUCGCGAAUAUGAAAUAUGUUUGCUCAUUUUGUCGAUUGCCGGGUGAGAGACACAGCAGACACCUCUGUACAUAGAGCACAGUGAACUAAGGGGGACAAUGGCAUCGUCAGGAAUUCAGAUGCCUUCCAGCUGUGAAGUGCCGGAUAUUCCCUAUGGACUUGGGGUUUUCAGAACACUUCCAUAUGCAUUUAUGAUUCCUGAACUGGUAUUUGGAGCAUGGGUCUGGAUCCUGGUUGCUUCUACUAGAGUAUAUUAUUACGUAACCCAAGGAUGGGUCAUGUAUGUCUCUAUAUCUUCAUUCUUCUUCACUUUGUUGCUCCUCAUGGUCUACAUAUUCGGUUUCCACAGAAACAACUGCGGUACUUGGAGAUUAGUGGAUGUUGUCUACACUGGAAUUUCUGCAAUUUUCUAUCUCAGUGCCGCCGUCUUGCAAGCGAGUGCUACAAUAUAUUGUGAUGAUGCUAUACCAGAUAUCUACCCAGCUCUCCGGCAUUGCACUCCUGUAUAUUAUCACUUGAAUGCAGCAGCUACAAUCUUUGCUUUCUUGACAACACUGAUGUAUGUGCUACACAGCUUCCAAUCCUAUGUUCACUAAACACUUCCAAGAAGACUCUUAGAUUAUUUUGUGAAUGUACAGAUUACAGGGGAUUACAGAGUUCCUCAGUGUGACAACUUGAAACUUCCCCAUCAAGCCUAGAGUAUAUAUAUAAUAAUUCUUAGCAUUGCCAUGGCCCGUGUAAAUGUCUAGAAUUCAAAAUGUGUAUUUUUUUUUGUACUUUAUAUAAGACCUCUGUUAAUAUUCGAGUGGAAUGAAGACAUCCUCUUUGGUAUUAACAGAGAUGAGGGGUGUAUCCUUUGUUUUAUAAGGUAUUCAGGCCAUAAUCAAUACCUCCUAAUCCAUGAGCUUUGUGUUCAUUCAUAGAACGAGCCAGGCUAUGACAGAUCCAUUAGAAUGCCAUUAUACAUUUAUGACAUUAACAUUACAUGAAAAGUAUUACUAUGACAUGAUUUUAUUUAGUUUGAGCACUGUUCACUGUAUUAUGCUCUGUUUGAAAUGAUUAUAUUUAUUUUUUCGUACUUAAUGCUCUUACUAUUCCUUCUUUAGCUUAUGUAAUAAACAAACAGAAUUGUAUUUUCAGGCCUUCCAAAUUAUUAUCAUGUGGCUACCCUUAAAAGGGACACCUUUUUACACUGUAUCCAUGAAUAUAUUAAAUUAUAUUGGAUGCCCAACAUAUGCAUGCUAUAGACAAAUCACAUUGUAACUGGUGAGAGCAUGGCAACAAGUUAAUAUAUCAGAGGGGUGAUAUUGUUUAUGGGGGGUUAAACACAACGGAUAUGUAGCUGUUCAAUACGAAUUUUACUGUAAUAAGACUAUUGCCACCUACUAUGAUGCCACUAAGAAUAUUAUAAAGAAGAGCUCCGAUUUCAGUCUAGAUGCUAUACCAAUGUGUCCCGUAGUUGGAUAUCUUUGGAAAAUCCCAUAUUAGUUUCAUGAUUUAUCAAAAUCUAAUUGGA